CCAGGAGCCAAAUCUCAGCUGGGAUUUGAUGUGUGUUAUUUUCCCUGGGAGAGAAAUGGAGAAAAUACCAUUACUCCAUCAGUAUUGGUUAUAGAAACAAUGUCAGGGGGCUUUAUACUCUCUAUCCCAUAGUGUACUACUGUAUAUACCAAUAUUGCAUAACCUAUUAUGUUUGAAUCUGUGGAGCAAUAUAGAUGCAAAUUAUCAGAGCCUAGCUUGUCCAAUAUAAAAAUGUUCUUCCAAUUUGUAGUCAUAAUCUUCCAAUAUGUUAUGCUAUAAAGAGAUGUCAUAUUAUAAUAACGUAUGGUUACCAUGAGAAGAUCCUUCGUAAUCAUGAUGGGGAUGAUAAUCAAUACUUCCUCUGUUUUUCUCUCAACAGGAGAGGGGGAACUGAUGAGUCAGAGGGGAGGAUAGAUGAGUGACAGACACUACUAGUGGGUUCCAGACACACAAAUCCAAACCAAGAAGCAUUAUUUUCCAGCUGUAGCAAAUUGGCUCAAAUAAAGAGCCUACAUUUGUACCUACAUCUACAGCUGUCAGAAGUCUCCGUCCUACGAUCUUAGUAAAAAGGCUCCUGAUCCACUGCAGAGCCCAGGUCUCAGUACCACCAUAGAAGCUAUUGCAGUAUGAACCGAGCUUUCAACAGGAGAAAAGAUAAAUCUGGAGGGAUGACAUCCCCAGAGGCUUUGGCCAAGAAUCACAUGGUGUAUAAUGUCAAGUUCCUUGGCGUAACAGAGGUUGACCAGCCAAAAGGUACAGAUGUCAUAAGGAUAGCAGUGAGAAAGCUGAAGUUCCAAAGGCAUAUCAAGAAAUCAGAGGGUCACAAAACACCGAAGGUGGAGCUGCAGGUGUCCAUCUACGGAGUGAAAUUAUUAGACCCCAAGACCAGAGAUGUACAGCACAACUGUCAGCUUCAUAGGAUAUCCUUCUGCGCGGACGACAAAACCGACAAGAGGAUAUUCACCUUCAUCUGCACAGAGCCAGAGACCAAAAAACACAUCUGUUAUGUGUUCGACAGUGAAAAAUGUGCAGAGGAGAUCACCGUCAGCAUUGGUCGAGCAUUUGACCUGGCGUACAGGAAGUUUCUGGAGUCUGGCGGGAAAGACGUGGAGAUGAGGAAACAGAUCGGCAGUCUGCAGAAAAGAAUUCUGGAACUGGAAACUGAAAAUUCCAAGUUGAAAGAGCGACUUCAAGAUCUAGAGGAUCACAUGGCAGAUUGUCAAGGCUCACCGCUUCUACACUUGAACUCUUCUAACGAGGCUGACAUGCUGCCGAGUCCCUCGUCUAUGUUCUGGGGUGACAGUGUCAGCCUGAACGCCCUUUCCUUUCUAGAGAUGUCCUCUGUGGCUCUAACCCCAGCCAGCUCUCCAGACUCCAGUAUCUCCGCUGGUCUACUAACGUCUCCACCCAGUAAACCUACCCAGCCCAGGCUACCGCAGCAUUAUGGAGGUUGCUUACCUCGACCGCGAGCAUGGAGCACCAUAUCCAGGCGUCCCCCGACGGACGUUUUCGACAUGGUUCCAUUCUCAGGGUCUCCUAUGGCAAGGAAACCUGCCCUCAAUGGGUCUUCUCCUCCUCCUCCCUCCUUUUCCCCUCCUCCACCUCCUCCACAUGUUUUCCUGAGAGAGAGAGGAAUGGAUAUUUUGGGGGCGGAGCCUUUUGACCCGUUCCUCUGCAACACGUCCUUUCCUCCUGACGUCCAAUCUAAACUGGAUGAAAUGCAGGAGGGGUUCAAUAUGGGACUAACCCUGGAGGGCACCAUCUUCUCUCUGGACCCAGUGGACAGUCGCUGCUGACCGCACCGCUACCCUAACACGGACAGUUGAUGCUGACCACAUCCCUAACACGGACAGUUGAUGCUGACCACAUCCCUAACACGGACAGUUGAUGCUGACCACAACCCUAACAUGGACAGUUGAUGCUGACCACAUCCCUAACACGGACAGUUGAUGCUGACCACAUCCCUAACACGGACAGUUGAUGCUGACCACAUCCCUAACACGGACAGUUGAUGCUGACCACAUCCCUAACACGGACAGUUGAUGCUGACCACAUCCCUAACACGGACAGUUGAUGCUGACCACAUCCCUAACACGGACAGUUGAUGCUGACCACAUCCCUAACACGGACAGUUGAUGCUGACCACAUCCCUAACACGGACAGUUGAUGCUGACCACAUCCCUAACACGGACAGUUGAUGCUGACCACAUCCCUAACACGGACAGUUGAUGCUGACCACAUCCCUAACACGGACAGUUGAUGACCUUUUUGAUGAUGCUUUCCUUUUUGUAGUAAUAAUUUAAUUGGUAAAGAAGUAUUUGUAUAAAAUCAACAUUUCUGGGACUACAGUGAGGGAAAAAAGUAUUUGAUCCCCUGCUGAUUUUUGUACAUUUGCCCCCUGACAAAGAAAUGAUCAGUCUAUCAUUUUAAUGGUAGGUUUAUUUGAACAGUGAGAGACAGAAUAACAACAAAAAGUCCAGAAAAACACGUCAAAAAUGUUAAAAAUGGAUUUGCAUUUUAAUGAGGGAAAUAAGUAUUUGACCCCCUCUCAAUCAAAGAUUUCUGGCUCCCAGGUGUCUUUUAUACAGGCAACGAGCUGAGAUAAGGAGCACACUCUUAAAGGGGAUGCUCCUAAUCUCAGUUUGUUACCUGUAUAAAAGACACCUGUCCACAGAAGCAAUCAAUCAGAUUCCAAACUCUCCACCGUGGCCAAGACCAAAGAGCUCUCCAAGGAUGUCAAGGACAAGAUUGUAAAGUACACAAGGAUGGAAUGGGCUACAAGACCAUCGCCAAGCAGCUUGGUGAGAAGGUGACAACAGUUGGUGCGAUUAUUCGCAAAUGGAAGAAACACAAAAGAACUGUCAAUCUCCCUCGGCCUGGGGCUCCAUGCAAGAU